UUUUGCCUGUAUAGUAUAAGAUUGCCUCUGCAUCCAAUCCUAAAACUCUCUAUUUGCCUCUCACGCCGAGUGAUAAAGAAGAGAAACGAUGGUUUCUUUGAAACUCCAGAAGCGGCUUGCCGCUAGCGUGCUCAAGUGCGGAAAGGGCAAGGUCUGGCUUGAUCCUAAUGAGGUUAAUGAAAUCUCCAUGGCCAACUCCAGGCAGAACAUUAGAAAGCUAGUGAAGGAUGGUUUCAUCAUCAGGAAACCAACAAAGAUUCACUCACGUUCUCGUGCUCGCAGAAUGAAGGAGGCCAAGAAAAAGGGUCGCCAUUCUGGAUAUGGUAAGCGCAAGGGUACCAGGGAGGCUAGGCUGCCAACUAAGAUCCUCUGGAUGAGGAGAAUGCGUGUUCUGAGGCGCUUGCUGCGCAAAUACAGGGAAUCUAAAAAAAUUGACAAACACAUGUAUCAUGAUAUGUACAUGAAGGUGAAGGGUAAUGUUUUCAAGAACAAACGUGUGCUGAUGGAAAGUAUCCAUAAAUCAAAGGCUGAAAAGGCAAGAGAGAAGACUUUGUCUGAUCAAUUUGAGGCUAAGCGUGCUAAGAAUAAGGCAAGCAGGGAGAGAAAGAUUGCUAGAAGAGAGGAGCGUUUGGCACAGGGACCUGGAGAGAAGGCACCGCAAUCAUCUGCCCCUCAGCAGACUGAGGGAGCAAAGAAAUCUAAGAAGUGAUUGCUGAUUCUGAUGAAUGCUGGAGGUUGAUACCUGAGUCAUACUGAUAUCUGGUGUAGGAGUUUGUUUGCUAAAGCUAUUAUGUUUUCUUUUAUAGAAACUUUUUCCAUGAGUUGUAGCUUCUUUGCACAUAUGUUGAAUCACGUUUUUAUUGAUAAAUUAGUUGACUAAACAUUGUGGAACUUACAAUUGGGACGUGAAGAGCUAUUUAAUUUAAGUUCAGUUUUCUUAUUUUUUUUAAA